GGGCCCGCGGAGGAGCCUUUCCAUGUGCCCCGGGAGGGCGGACAGAGAGGACGAGCUCCGUGGGGCCCCGCGCCAGGACGAAGGAUGCCCGUGGUGUGGCCCACUCUCCUGGACUUCAGCAGGGAUGAGUGCAAGCGGAUCCUCCGCAAACUGGAACUGGAGGCCUACGCUGGUGUUAUCAGUGCCCUGCGGGCCCAGGGCGACCUCACCAAGGAGAAGAAGGACCUGUUGGGAGAGCUGUCGAAGGUGCUGAGCAUCUCCACGGAGCGCCACCGGGCUGAGGUGCGGCGAGCAGUCAACGAUGAACGGUUAACUACAAUUGCACAUAACAUGUCGGGGCCCGACAGCUCUUCCGAGUGGUCCGUGGAAGGCCGCCGCCUGGUGCCCCUGAUGCCCCGCCUUGUCCCCCAGACCGCCUUCACCGUGACGGCGAAUGCCGUGGCCAACGCGGCCAUCCAGCACAACGCGGCUCUCCCCGUGCCCGCUGAAACCGGAAACAAAGACGUAGUGGUUUGCUACUCCUACACCAGCACCACAUCCACCCCGACCUCCACCCCCGUUCCCAGCGGCAGCGUCGCCACGGUGAAGUCGCCGCGACCUGCCAGCCCCGCCUCCAACGUUGUGGUCCUACCCAGCGGCAGCACCGUCUACGUCAAAAGCGUGAGCUGCUCGGACGAAGACGAGAAGCCCAGGAAGCGCAGGCGGACCAACUCCUCCAGCUCCUCUCCCGUGGUGCUCAAGGACGUCCCCAAGGCCGUCGUCCCCGUCUGCAAGACCAUCGCGGUGCCCGUGAGCGGCAGCCCCAAGAUGAGCAACAUCAUGCAGAGCAUCGCCAACUCCCUGCCGCCUCACAUGUCUCCCGUGAAGAUCACCUUCACCAAGCCCUCCACCCAGACCACCAACACCACCACCCAGAAGGUGAUCAUAGUGACCACAUCUCCGAGCUCAACCUUCGUCCCCAACAUUCUCUCCAAGUCCCACAACUACGCAGCCGUCACCAAACUGGUCCCCACGUCCGUCAUCGCCUCCACCACCCAGAAGCAACCGGUGGUGAUAACCGCUUCCCAGUCCAGCUUGGUCAGUGGUGGCAACAGCUCGGCCCCGUCCCCCGUCCCCAGCACCAUCGCCGUCACGGCCGUGGUGUCGUCCACCCCGUCGGUCGUCAUGUCAACGGUAGCACAAGGGGUUUCCACCUCGGCAAUUAAAGUGGCAUCGACCAGGCUUCCUUCUCCCAAGAGCUUGGUGGGGCCUCCAACCCAGAUCCUAGCGCAGUUCCCCAAGCAGCAGCAGCAACAGCAGCAGCAGCAGCAGUCACAGUCGUCCCCCAAGCAGCAGCUGCAGCAGGUGCAGCCCCAGCAGCAGCAGCAGCAGCAGCAGCAGCAGCUGGGCCAGCCUUCUCCAUUGUCUCAGCAGCCGCAGCAGUCACAGCCGUCUCAGUUACCUCCGGCCACCAAGCCCACCAUCCAGAUCAAACAGGAGUCAGGGGUUAAGAUCAUCACCCAGCAGGUCCAGCCCAGUAAAAUCCUGCCCAAACCGGUCACCGCCACCUUGCCCAGCAGCAGCAAUUCCCCCAUCAUGGUGGUGAGCAGCAACGGCGCCAUCAUGACCACCAAGCUGGUGACCACCCCCACUGGUACCCAGGCGACCUAUACGCGGCCCUCAGUCAGCCCCGCGCUCAGCGCCCGGAUGACCGCCACCCCCGGAGCUGCCACCUAUGUGAAGACCACCAGCGGAAGCAUCAUCACCGUGGUGCCCAAGUCCCUGGCCACCCUGGGAGGCAAGAUCAUCAGCAGCAAUAUUGUUUCUGGGACCACGACCAAAAUCACCACAAUCCCAAUGACGUCCAAGCCCAACGUGAUCGUUGUGCAGAAGACGACGGGGAAAGGAGCCACCAUUCAAGGUCUGCCGGGCAAAAAUGUGGUCACGACGCUCUUAAACGCGGGGGGGGAGAAGACCAUCCAAGCAGUGCCGGCCGGGGCCAAACCGGCCAUCAUCACUGCCACCAGGCCCAUCACCAAGAUGAUCGUCACCCAGCCGAAAGGCAUCGGCUCCGCCGUCCAGCCGGCCACCAAAAUCAUCCCCACCAAGAUCGUCUAUGGCCAGCAGGGAAAGACCCAGGUCCUGAUCAAGCCCAAGCCGGUGACGUUCCAGGCCACGGUGGUCAGCGAGCAGACGCGGCAGCUGGUGACGGAAACACUGCAGCAGGCGUCCCGGGCAGCCGAAGCCGGGAUCUCGUCCAUCCAGGAACUGAAGGAAGAGCCUCAGAGCUACACGGAGAGCAGCUCCUCCUCCACCGAAUCCUCCCAGAGCUCCCAAGAUUCCCAGCCGGUGGUUCACGUCAUUGCUUCCCGGCGCCAGGACUGGGCCGAGCAUGAGAUCGCCAUGGAGGCGAGCCCGACGAUCAUUUAUCAGGACGUGUCCAGCGAGCCCCAGUCGGCCACCUCGACCAUCAAAGCUCUGCUGGAGCUCCAACAGACGACAGUAAAAGAAAAGUUGGAAUCGAAGCCAAGGCAGCCCACCAUUGACUUAAGCCAAAUGGCCGUUCCCAUUCAGAUGGCCCAAGACAAGCGGCGUUCUCCCGAGAACCCUUCGAUUGCCGUGGUGGAGUCAGAGCUGGUGGCUGAGUACAUCACCACCGUCAGCCAUCGGUCCCAGCCCCAGCAGCAGUCAUCCCAGACCCAGCGGACCCUGCUCCAGCACGUGGCUCAGUCACAGACAGCCACGCAGACCUCGGUGGUGGUCAAGUCCAUCCCGGCGUCUUCCACCGGUGCCAUCACCCACAUCAUGCAGCAGGCGUUGAGCAGCCACACGGCGUUCUCCAAGCACAGCGAGGAGCUGGGCACCGAGGAGGGCGAGGUGGAAGAGAUGGAUGCGCUGGACCCCCAGACCGGCCUGUUCUACAAGUCGGCUCUGACCCCGACCCCCGACCUGCCCAAGCUGGAGCAGCCUCAGCUGCAGGUGAAGACACUGCAGUGCUUCCAGGCGAAACAGAAGCAGACGCUCCACCUGCAGGCCCAGUCCCUCCCGCACAAACUCCCGCAGAUGCCCCAGCUGUCGAUCCGCCACCAGAAACUCAGCCCUCUCCCUCCGGAGCCGGCCCUCCCCAAGCCGGACGGGCCGCCCUCGCUGCCCCCGCCGCCCCACAUGUUGGCCAAGGAGAGGCCGCUCCCGCCUCUGCUGUCCCAGCCCCAGCAGACUGUGGUGCAGGUGCUUGCUGUGAAAACCACGCAGCAGCUGCCCAAGCUCCAGCAGGCCCCAACCCAACAGAAAGUCUACGUGCAGCCCCAGCCCCCAACGAGCCUCCCCCAGCUCUCUGCCGCUGCGGAGAAACAGCCGGCCAGCCAGGUGGAGCCGCCCCUCAGAGCCCAAGGAUCCUCCGUUACAAAGAUCACAUUUGAGGGGCCGCAGCCGCCCACCGUUACAAAGGUAGCAGGUGGCAGUUGCGGGCCCAAGCCGCCCGCUCCGGGCCCCGGCGUGUUCCUCGUGCAGGCGUCUGAGAAGACCGCGGUGUCGGACAUUUUGAAAAUGUCCAUGCUGGAGGCCCAGAUUGACCCAAACGUAGAGUCCCCGGUAGCGGAGGCCCCGCCCAAGGCCGGAGCGCCGGGUCCGCCUGCCGUCGACGCACAGUCCUCGUCCUCCAGCCGGGCGGCGGGGGGAGGAGGAGCGGCACCUCCCACUCCCCAACAGCAGCAAUGUAGCGAGACCUGUCCCAGCCCGCCGGCCCUGGGGCCCCCCCCACCCGCCGCCGCCGCCGCCCGGAAAGCGGACCCCCAGGGCCCGGCAGCCGCCAGCCAGUUCAUCCGCAUUCAGAGCCUCGGCCAGAACGCAGCUGACGAGAGCCCCGCCGAGAUCAUCAUCCAGACCAUCCCCCAGUACGCCAUCCCUUGCCAUUCCAGCUCCAACGUGCUGGUGGAGCCCAGCGGUUUUCUGGAGCUCAACAACUUCACCAGCCAGCAGCUGGACGAGGACGAAGCGGUGCUGGAGCAGGAUGUGGACAGCAGCGCGGAGGAGGGAAUGGAGGCCAGCCCCUUGCAGAACUCGGCCGAGAGGCCCUAGCGGGCCGGGCGCCAGGCGCUGGGCGCUGGAGUGCACUUUCAGACCGGCCGUCGGCCGGGGCCGGGGUCCGCCCGGGGCAGCCCCCGAGGGGUCCUUUGUAUUGAGCACUUUGCACGCUUAGACCCCCGCGGGCCCUGACACAGCAGGGUACUUCAAUAGGAUGCAGCUGCAGCAGCUGCAGCGGCAUUUUUUAGACUCGUGAAGUGGAAUGUACUUUUUUUUUUUUUAAUAAAAAAAGGAAAAGGGGGGCAAAAUUCCAAUCUCCCAACGGCCCGAGGCCCAGUGUCCUUUGUGGGUGGCUGCCUCGGGGCCGGAUCCAGCGGCCCACCUCUCUCCGCCGGAGUCCCCGGAACGAAAACUCCUCGGAAAGGAAGACCGAGAAUGGAAGUCUGUGGCUCCCAGUGGUGGGGCAGAGGCUGGCUCUUAGCUUGGAGCGGAGCACCAGGAAGAAUGGGACUCGGGGACUAGCGGGGCCCCGGGGAGGCGGGAGGAGAGAAUGCCGGGAACAGGUCACUCGGCAAGCGCUCACCGAGGGGCUUGGGUUGCACCUUCCGGCAUCCCGCCCCACGCGCUAACCUCAUCUCGGAAGCAUUCCCGGUGCCGCAAACCUCAGGGCGGUAUCUGUGGUUCCGUUCAUCGGAGGGCAGCUUUGGGCACGUGCCCGGGCCCCAGGCCAGCCCCUGGGGAAGCCCGCCCAGGGCGUGGCGGGGGCUGGGCCCAAAGGAAGCCCAGGAUCAAACUAGGCCAAGAGAAAACCACGCCUCUCCCUUUGGGUGUUGCCAGUUGCCUUCGGCCCAGGCCCAGGAACGGCCCUCUUCCCCUUCCUACCUGCCAGGAUGGACCGAAACUCCCCGCCGGGACCCGGUCAGUUUGGUGUAUUUGGGUUCCCGCGAUGGCGAUUCUCCUGGCGGGGAGCCCGCGGGCCGAGACGGUUUUACCAGGUUGACUAAGGGAGGACUGUACUCUUCUUUUUUAAAACAGUAUGUAUAUAAAAAACGAGUUUUUAACGGUUUUGUAUAGAUUUCACUGUAAGCAAGCGUUUUCGGCCGGCCGGUCUGCCACGCCGCCCCUACGUGAUCGGCAAAACCCGCCCGCCGUUUCGGUGCCGACCCCAUCCGCCGACUCCUCAUUUUUGUGCUGCCUUUUUUUAAACUGUGAUUUUACUGUUGGUAUUGUAGGAAUAAAUCCCGACUAGAGGAACUCCGACCAGACGGCCGCA